AAUAUAGAUGCUUAAAUUUUCAGUUAAUACGUUAACUAGUAUCUACGAAAUAUGGAGGAAUUUAAAACAUGCUUUACUCACCACGUAACUUUAGCAAAUCAGGUUGAUAUUUCAUUAGGAUUACUAGAAAAAAUUAAUAUAUGCAGGCAUGAAGAUUUAAUAUAUAUAUUGUUUUUAGAUCAAAAUAUUAAUGAAAAUGAAAUAGAAGAGACGUGGGAACAGCAAUUCGGAGAACAAGCAAUGAAAAAUGCGGUAUUAGAUGAAAGGGAAAAUAGUAUAAAAAAAGGAAAGCGAGGAAAGUGGAAUUCAGAGCAAAAAAAUGUAUUGAAAACAGCUUUCAAAGAUCACAUAAAAAACAAAAAAGCUCCGAGAAAAGAAGAAACCGAGUUGAUAAUGAAAAAACAUAAAGAUUUAUUCAAGGAUAAGACGUGGGCCACAGUGAAAGCUUUUGUUUAUAACUGUUAUAAAGGUUAAACAAUUGCUAAUUUACUUUAAAUAUUUUAGACUUGCACUGCGCUAGUAUAAACGUUUAAUUUUAUUUCAAUGUUUAAUAAUUAUUUUAGUCAUUCUCAGCAUUAAUUAUAAAUAAGAUAAAAUGUAAAAUAGCUAUUAACCAAAUAUUUAAUGAAGUACUCGUAUUUACUUUUGUACU